AUGAAAAAAAAGACGAAUCACUCUCCCUGCAAAACAGCACUUAGGUACCGUAAUGUGUCACAUCAUGGACACUGGAGGGCGGAGGUGUGUGGAGCCGAUAAUAAACCGACAUGCUGCUUCAGUGAGCUCGGCGGGAAACAAAUGCUGCUUCGCCAAGCCAAACACACUCAGACCCCCGACAAGUUUAUGGAGGUAACGGAUCCAGGUCGGCCUCCAGCAACCCUUUGGAUGUGCCACACAGCUCAUAAGACACCGCGGCGAGCCAGGGAACUGAGGCGUGAAGCCUGUAAGAGCAUUCAGGCGCUCACAGAGACGAGAUGA